AUGCAGGAGCUACGCCACAGAGUCCAGAACCUAGAACGACAGCUGGCCGACCGGGAGCGGGAUGGACGGUCUACCGAUCCCAGCUAUACCCCAUCUCCCGGGAGCGAAGAGGAAGACUCUCACCGAAGCCGCCCGCGGCGUACAUCCGCAUCCCGGACGGAAGCGGAGAGCACGCGGGAGGAGUCACCCAUAAUGAGAAGACGAAAUGACACGAUCAUCUACUCCCGCGGCAGACCAACCCGCCGAGCGGCAAGAGGCCACGAAGACGGGGAAGGAAGAUCCGAGAGAACACGACAACCCGUGAUAAUGGGCGUUACCCCGUUCCACCGAUCUAUCCUCGAGGUCCGGUUGCCGAAACACUUCGACAAACCAACGGACAUGAGGUACGACGGAACUCAAGACCCUCUAGAACACCUCACGGCCUUUGAGGCCAGGAUGAAUCUGGAGGGAGUUGGGGACGAAGUAAGAUGCCGCGCCUUCCCGGUAACCCUAGCAGGGCCAGCGAUCAGAUGGUUUAACGGCCUCCCACAAGGUUCCAUAUACAGUUUCUCAGACAUCAGCCGUACAUUCCUGGCCCAAUUUACAACGCGGAUCGUGAAGGCCAAGCACCCUAUCAACCUUCUAGGGGUAACCCAGAGACAAGGAGAACCGACGAGGAGGUACUUAGAUCGGUUCAACGACGAAUGCUUAGAAAUCGACGGCUUGACCGACUCGGUGGCCAGUCUUUGCCUAACAAACGGCCUCCUCAACGAGAACUUCCAAAAACACCUUACCACGAAACCAGUUUGGACGAUGCACGAGAUCCAGACGGUAGCCAAGGAGUAUAUAAACGACGAAGAAGUCAGCCGAGUCGUGGCUGCCAAUAAGCAGCAGUCCGGUUACAGCCAAGCUCGGCAACCAGGUGACGGAGAAAGAGCAAAAGAAAAAGCCAGGGAGGAGGCAUCAAACAAGGCACCUAGACCGUUCCCUCGGGUCGGGAAAUUCACUAACUACACUCCACUCACUCUCCCCAUUGUGGAAGUCUAUCAGCAAAUAGCUGAGAAGGGAAUUCUACCGAAGCCCCGACCACUUAAGGACCGUACGGGAGGAAACAAGAACCUCUAUUGUGAUUAUCAUAAGGGUUAUGGCCAUCAAACACAGGACUGUUUUGACCUGAAGGAUGCACUAGAACAAGCGAUAAGGGAAGGAAAGCUAGCCGCGUUCUCCCACCUCAUCAGGGAGCCGAGAAGAUGUUAUCGCGACCAAGAUGAAGAAGGCAAAACCCGUUCGGCCAAACGGCGACAAGAACCCGAAGACAGGGACCACGGCCUCACUGUGAUAAACGUGGUAACGGCCAAAAACGCCGCGCCAAAAUCCCGGUCGGCACACAGGAAAGACGCUAAGGUUUUGACGGUCUCAUCCCCGCCAGUGCAAAACUCUAAGAAGCCUCCCUCCAUUUCUUUCGGCCCGGAAGACCAAUGGGCUAAAGGAUGCCGACCUGACGACUCACCAGCACGGGGUUAUCGGGUUGGGUGA